AUGGGAGAAACAAUAGAGCUUAUUUCAUUUGAAGGCAAAUCUUACAAAGUUCCACACGAGAUUGUCGAAUUAUCAGAAUUUUUGCGUGGUAUUUUUCAUUUAGAAAUCCCUGAUGUUUCUUCUCCUAUUUAUCUAGAUGCUCUAGAAAUUGACUCUGAAACACUGGACAUGAUUAUUGAUUAUUUGUCUUAUCACCGUUACAAUCCACCAGUAUAUAGAGCUCUUGCUAAAGAUAUUGAUAUAAAAACAUAUUCUGUUUUAUUUAAUCUUUACCAAUACUUUUAUUAUCCUUAUAUUAUUUUUUUCCACCCAAAAACUCCGACCAUUUUGAAUUAAUACAGUUUAUAUUGAUCCUUGAGACAGGUACUUUUUCGAAAAAACCUCCCAAGAAAACCAGCUCAAACUUCUACUCGCUGCUAAGCGAUUGGACCUAUAUCCCCUCCAAACUUUAAUUUGUAUAGAAAUAGCCUGCUAUUUAAAAGAUUUAAACGUCAAAGACUACAUCAACGAUUUUCACUUAUUUUUAGACAUGGACGAAGACACAGAAGAACUGCUAAAAAUUGACAAUUAUUGGGCUCUAGAAGAGACUAGCAUAAACUCCAAAAGCUCCUUCUAA